AUGGGGGUGGUCAUUGUGAGCAGAGUGCGGCGCUCAGCUUUAGAGUUAACUGCUUUUGGGGAGCAACGCGUGGCUUCUUCAAUAACUCCUAGGACUUUCUACAUACAGCUUUUGGCUCAAAGUGGCUGCCGCAAGAUGCAUCUGAGCCUUCGAGAGCCCAAAGAGGAGGCAACAGAGGUGUCCAUGGAAGAGGAGGUUGCGAAUGCAAAGUGGAACCUGAAUGCUAUACGAAGGACGCUCGUUGGGGACUCCCCCUUGUCUCCCUGCGUAACGGCCUUGCUGUUUGAUUUUAUGCUCUUCGGAAUGCUUGGAUUGGCGUGGGUAGUCACACUGGCGGCACAGCCCGCGUUUGUGUAUGACAACAACAUCACUCGAAUGUUCAAAUCUUACAAUGUUUGUAUUGGCUUUGACUCUUGGCCAGCGCGACCUGUUGCCGCUGCGGCCUACACCUUGUGCGUACCCGUAGUCUGCCUGACUGCCGCGCUGCAUGCGUUCAAGGCGCACCAUGACGACGGUGGGCUCAAAUUCCUCAGGAAAGCAUGCCUGCUAGCUGGGGCAGGCCUUGGCAAUGCAGCGCUGACCAUAGCCCUUGCUGUGCCACCGGACGACUACGUCAAAUGUAUGAUACACACACUGGGCUUUGCUUUUACUUUGUUUGGACAAGGCGUCUUCAAGAUUGGCCUUAUUGCCGAGUACUGGCUUCUCUGCAAAAAGCAUUGGGAUGCAGGACUCUGGAAUCGAGUUUAUUUCGUUACCUUGGUAUCACACGUAUGUGUGCUUGUGAUGGCGGUGGGCUUCCUGCUCUAUUUGCUGCAGCUGAAAGACUAUCACCCCAUCAUUGCGAACAUACAAGGUGAUCGGAUACCUGCCGUGUCACAUGGAGGGGUCAUGGUGGUUGGUACUUGGGAAGGUUCUUUUCCUUUGACGUGGCCAGUCGCGCAUCUCGUUGAGCCUGAUGGAUCAAAAGUACCCAUCACGGCCGAUGGAACCGGGAACUUCCUUAUGUGUGUCACCUUCAUGGCUCCGAUCAUCGAGGUCCUGACCGUUCCACGCAAGCUACUGGCUCCAGGAGCCAGCAUUGCAUAUGUCCCUGUCCGACACCUCGACGUCUGA